CUUCGCCUAUCUGUUCAUCGUCCCCCCUUCGUCCUCCUCCCCGACCCCGACGUGCGACAUGAACGGGAAGCAGAGCCCGCGGAAUGGCCGAACUGCGUACCACUUCCAGCCUGCCAAGAACUGGAUGAACGACCCAAAUGGGCCUCUGUACCACAAGGGCAUGUACCACAUGUUCUUCCAGUACAACCCGCACGGCCCGACGUUCGGCACCGGGAAGCUCUCCUGGGGCCACUCCGUCUCCGGCGACCUGGUGAACUGGGCGUUCCUGGGCACCGCGCUGGACCCGACGUCGCCGUUCGACGCCGAGGGCUGCUGGUCGGGCUCCGCCACCACGCUGGCGGACGGCCGCCCCGCCAUCCUCUACACCGGGCGCGACGCAAGCGGCGUGCAGGUGCAGAACGUGGCGUUCCCCAAGAACCCGUCGGACCCGCUGCUCCGGGAGUGGCGCAAGCCGCCCGGCUGCAACCCGGUGGUCCCGCAGCCGGGCGACGUGACGGGCAACAACUUCCGGGACCCCACCACGGCGUGGCUGGGGCGCGACGGGCUGUGGCGGUUCGCCGUCGCGGCCGAGGUCGGCGGCGUGGGCUCCACCCUGGUGUACCGCAGCAAGGACUUCGUGCGCUGGGAGCGGGGCUCCGCGCCGCUGCACGCGUCCCCCGACGUGCCCGUCUGGGAGUGCCCGGACCUGUUCCCGGUGGCGGAGCGCGGCGCGGAGGGGCUCGACACGUCGGCCCGCGGCGGGGCCGGGGUGAGGCACGUGCUCAAGCUCAGCAAGGCCGCCGACGAGGACUACUACGUGGUCGGCCGGUACGACGACGAGGCGGACACGUUCGCGCCGGUGGAGGGCGUUUUUGACUGGCGCCGGAUCGACCACGGCCACCUGUUCGGCGCCAAGACGUUCUUCGACGCGCGCAGGAGGCGGCGCGUGCUGUGGGCGUGGGUGGACGAGACGGACGACGGCGUUGACAAGGGCUGGAGGGGCAUCCAGACGUUCCCGCGGGCGCUGUGGCUGGACGCCGACGGGAGGCAGCUGGUGCAGUGGCCGGUGGAGGAGAUCGAGACGCUGCGGAAGGGCCGAGCCGCGCUGGCGGGCGCGGUGGUCGGCGCCGGCGGCCUGCGCGAGAUCGCCGGCGUCGACGCCCUGCAGGCGGACGUGGAGGUCGUUUUCGAGGUCCCCGAGAGCCUGGACGACGCCGAGGAGCUGGACCCCGAGUGGCUGCAGCACGAUCCCCACAAGCUGCGCGCGUGCGCGGAGAAGAAAGCCUCCUCGCCGGGCCCGCGCGGCGGCGUCGGGCCGUUCGGGCUGGUGGUGAUGGCGUCCGGCGACAUGCGGGAGCAGACCACCGUCUUCUUCCAGGUGUUGAGGCACGGUGGCACGUACAAGGUGCUCAUGUGUGCCGACCUGACGAGGUCGUCUACGAAAGAGGGGGUGCACAAGCCAUUCUACGCAGGAUUCGUUGACGUGGACGUCGAGAAGGACAGGGGCAUAUCGCUGAGAACACUGAUCGACCACUCUGUCGUCGAGAGCUUCGGAGGCGGGGGCCGGACGUGCAUCACGGCGCGAGUGUACCCUGAGCACGUGGCGGCAGGCGGCAGUAGCCACCUGUACCUGUUCAACAACGGAGCUCACCCAGUGACCGUGUCCAAGAUCGAGGCCUGGGAGCUCGGGACGGCCAGCGUCAACGUUGAACAAGACGACCGUGCGGAUCCACUGUGAUCGCCCGCCCGCCCUGCGUGUUACAGACUUCCAGUCCUGUCGGAUGGCGCUGGAGGCUUAAUAGAUAACCAUCACGCGUGGAGUGAAGCAUGUGUUAAAAAAAAAACAAGACCAUUGUUGCCUUAUUGGUGGUCUCGUGUUCUGAAUAAUGUAGCUUUGCUAAAGUGUAUUGCGUCUCCAUUGUAACACCAAAUGCCUGUUUUUGCUAAAAUGUACGUUGCAUAGAUGUUUGUUGUUUGG